AUGGCCUACCAAGGCUCUGGCGCGCAUUCGCCCAGCUACGAUGAGAAUCAUCGUGCGCCGGACGUCCCUAACUCCCAGUAUGGACAAGACGACGAUGCGGCGCGGGGCCUCCUGUCUCAUCAACAGGGCCCCUUUGCGACUCCCUUUGACGACCCUCACUCACGCGGUGUUUCCCCCGUCCGCCCCGCCUCGGGAUACAGCUUGACCGAGACUUAUGCUACCGAGACCACUCCCACCUACAACGACCCCUACUCCGCCGGCUCUGUUUACUCGGGCCACUCCGACAACCCGGCCGCCGCCUUUGGAGUUCCUAACCGUGCCGCCUCACCUUAUGCCCGCAGUGAGACCUCAUCCACCGAGGCCUGGCGUCAGCGACAAGCCCCCGGCGGAGAAGGUGGUGGUGGCCUUCGUCGUUAUGCCACCCGUAAGGUCAAGCUGGUUCAGGGUUCCGUUCUGAGUGUGGACUACCCCGUCCCGAGUGCCAUUCAAAAUGCCAUCCAGGCCAAGUACCGCAACGAUCUCGAGGGUGGCAGCGAGGAAUUCACCCAUAUGAGAUAUACCGCGGCCACCUGCGACCCCAACGAGUUCACUCUUCACAAUGGUUAUAAUCUGCGUCCGGCGAUGUAUAACCGUCACACCGAAUUGCUCAUCGCCAUCACCUACUACAACGAAGACAAGGUCUUGACUGCACGUACACUGCACGGUGUGAUGCAAAAUAUCCGCGACAUUGUGAACUUGAAAAAAUCAGAGUUUUGGAACAAGGGUGGACCCGCUUGGCAAAAGAUCGUCGUCGCUCUAGUCUUCGACGGUAUUGACCCCUGUGACAAGGACACUUUGGAUCUUCUGGCCACUAUUGGUAUCUACCAAGAUGGUGUCAUGAAGCGUGAUGUUGAUGGCAAGGAGACCGUGGCCCACAUUUUCGAAUACACCACCCAGCUUUCCGUGACACCAACCCAGCAACUGAUUCGACCAACCGAUGAUGGCCCCAGCACCCUGCCCCCUGUGCAGAUGAUGUUCUGCUUGAAGCAGAAGAAUAGCAAGAAGAUCAACUCUCACCGUUGGUUGUUCAAUGCCUUUGGUCGGAUCUUGAACCCAGAAGUCUGUAUCCUGCUCGAUGCCGGAACCAAGCCUGGCACCAAAUCACUUCUUGCUCUCUGGGAAGCUUUCUAUAACGAUAAGGAUCUUGGUGGUUCCUGUGGUGAAAUUCACGCUAUGCUGGGUAAGGGUUGGCGCAACCUGAUCAACCCGCUGGUCGCAGCCCAGAAUUUCGAAUACAAGAUCAGUAACAUCUUGGAUAAACCACUGGAGAGUUCCUUUGGUUAUGUCUCUGUGUUACCCGGCGCCUUCUCCGCCUAUCGCUUCCGUGCUAUUAUGGGACGUCCUUUGGAACAGUAUUUCCAUGGUGAUCACACCCUAUCGAAGCAGCUGGGUAAGAAGGGUAUUGAGGGUAUGAAUAUCUUCAAGAAGAACAUGUUUUUGGCCGAGGACAGAAUUUUGUGUUUCGAGUUGGUCGCCAAGGCCGGCUCGAAAUGGCAUCUGACAUACGUGAAAGCCUCCAAGGGUGAAACUGACGUGCCCGAGGGUGCUGCCGAGUUUAUUUCGCAGCGUCGUCGUUGGUUGAACGGUUCCUUUGCCGCCGGUAUUUACUCACUGAUGCACUUCGGCCGUAUGUACAAGAGUGGUCACAACAUCGUCCGCAUGUUCUUCCUGCACAUCCAGCUGCUGUACAACCUGUUCCAGACAUUCCUCUCAUGGUUCUCUCUUGCCUCCUACUGGUUGACUACCUCUGUUAUCAUGGAUCUUGUGGGCACGCCGAGUACCAACAACAAGGACUCUGCUUUCCCAUUCGGCAAAAGCGCAACCCCCAUCAUCAACACCAUCAUCAAGUAUAUUUACCUGGGAUUCUUGCUGCUUCAGUUCAUCCUUGCUCUCGGAAACAGGCCAAAGGGCUCCAAGUUCUCCUACAUGGCCUCAUUCGUCUUCUUCGGUAUCGUCCAACUAUACAUUGUCGUCGACUCCCUCUAUCUGGUUGUUCGCGCCUUCAGUGGUGGUGCCCCGAUGGACUUCACCACUGAUGAAGGUCUUGGUGCAUUCCUCAAAUCAUUCUUUGGUUCUUCUGGUGCUGGUAUCAUCAUCAUUGCCUUGGCUGCGACCUUUGGUCUUUACUUCGUCGCCUCGUUCCUCUAUGCCGACCCCUGGCACAUGUUCACUUCCUUCCCGCAGUACAUUGUGCUCCAGUCCUCGUAUAUCAACAUUCUCAAUGUUUAUGCGUUCAGCAACUGGCACGAUGUUUCUUGGGGAACCAAGGGAUCUGACAAGGCCGACGCCCUGCCAUCUGCCACAGUCACCAAGGACGAAGGCAGUAAAGAAGCUGUCAUUGAGGAAAUCGAUAAACCGCAGGCGGAUAUUGAUAGCCAGUUCGAGGCUACUGUCAAACGUGCCUUGACCCCCUUCGUUGCUCCCGUUGAGCACGACGAGAAAUCGCUCGAAGAUUCCUACAAGAGUUUCCGUACUCGUCUCGUCACCUUCUGGAUCUUCAGUAACGCCUUGUUGGCGGUCUGCAUUACCAGCGAGUCCGUCGAUAAGUUUGGCUUCUCGAAUACCGCCACCGAGCGCUCUACACGUUUCUUCCAGGCUCUCCUGUGGUCCAACGCCGUGAUGGCCCUCUUCCGUUUCAUCGGAUGCUGUUGGUUCCUGGGUCGCACGGGUAUCAAGUGCUGCUUCGCCCGUCGCUAA